CCAUUCGAUUUGGUAGCUAUCACUACGACUUGAGGCCUUCCGACGAGUCCAGACCUGACCUCCUGCGCCCAAUUCCCCUAGUCUCGUUCGGCUCGGGAUUAAUAGUAGAGAGAGUGCGACAGAGAGCGAACUAUUGCGGUUUAUCUAUUCGCCCGUGCCUGAACGUACCGGGAAGCCCUUUUUCAUUGUCAUUUUUUCACUUGCGCGAACGCUUCGCAUCCCUACAACUGGCAGCCUCGCAUCGACUGCCUCCCAUCAACAAUGCCUACUGCCUCUACACCCCCCAUCCAGACCUCGACACCGGGGUCUGGGUCGGGUCAAGUGUCUUAUCCAUCUCUGCCGGCGUCGCCCACCCUAACGAACCCAGACAUGAUCUUGCCCGACUACGAGGACGCCUGCUCUUCUCCGGAUCGAUCGCAAUCACCCCGAACCAUGUGGAAGAACAUACAUGGCGCCGACAUGAGCUUCGACCUCACCACCCAGGUUUUCACCGGCCCGAUCACUCCCACCACGCCCAUCAUCUAUGGAAAUGGAACCAUGCUGUCGGAUAUUGGCGAGGUCACUGAGGUCGAGAGCACAUGCGCCCCAACGAAGCCGCGCUCCGGGUCUAUGCAGAGCGACGCCUCGAUGCAACUGGUCUCGGUCGCCCGUUACGAGGCUUUGAAGAGGAAGGACGGCAAGGCUACUCGAGAGAGGCGCGAGUCAAUUGACUCUACCAGCACCAUCACCACCCACGAGCAGGGCGCACUCUUCACCGAUUUUGAUGAUUCUGUUAGCAUAGACGACAGCAACUUCCAGGGCGACGAUGAGGAGAGCGUUGCCGAUUCUUUCGUCGACGAUGCGUUAGCGCACGAUGAUGCAACGCAAACUAGAGAUAGGCGUACGCCGACCGGCGAGGAACGCUACUCGACGGCGCUGAGUCGGAGAGCGGAGCAAAUUCUGGCAAAUGCUAAACGGCGAUUGAAUACCAUGGAGGGCAAUUUAAACCGAGCCCGAACGACUCUCUAUUCCCCUACGUGGUCCUCGGUCGGAUCGGAUUCGACGCCCUCGCCAACAAUUGGCCGUCCCGGAACCGCAAUCCACCACGACCAUGACGCCAACCAUCGCCAGAGCGUAUACGGACAUGCGAGAAUAUCUAGCGAGAGCAAUAUCCAGAUCGACGUAGCCAAGUCGUCGACGACACAUACACCUAGAUCUUCGAGCGCUUUGGGUGCAGCAGGCGGGUAUCGACAGCCUCUCUCAACCUCUCGUAGUGCGGAUUACGUGCGCGAAGGCGCGAAAGAAACACGGAUUCACGAGAGCAUUACGUCCCCCCGGAUGUUGGAACCAUUAAGUGAAGAUUAUACCUCACAAGGCGUCAACUCCGCGAGGGCGAGUCUAGAGGGGACGAGACUGGAUGGCUUCUUGAGCCCGCCCCUGGGGUCGUAUUCAGACCAGGGGCUGAGGCGAUCCGUAUCGACGGCGCAGAUGCGAGAUCUAAAAGACCACAUGAAGGAUCUCAAGGGGCGAUUGUCGACGCUAAGGGAUCAGGCACGGCAGGACAGCCUCAAGCGGCGGAGUCUUCAAAGCCUACGCACACCGAGUCCGUUCACGCAUGCUCGCAUUGACCAGUGGUACGCAGACGCCGCCAGAUACGAGGACAAUGCCUCCAUCCAUGAGGACUAUAAAUCGCAACCAUCUAUCGGCGAUGUUGCUAGUACCAAUGAGGGUGAAGAGGGGUCGGCUGCGAAAGAAGCUAUAACAGAGGAGGACAGGGAACUAGCGUCGGUUGGCCUCUUCGACGUGGACGGGACUAUCCCUCCCGGGAGCUUAGGCCCUGUCGAGAAUGGAUCGCGUCCGCCUCAGGUUGCUACCCCGGUCAUAACUCGCGACACCGAGGACGAUAUGGAUGAUAUGAAAACGGAGGACGGAUACGAUGACGAAGAUACGGAGGAGAAUGAAGAGGUGGAGUUGACAGAUGGCGAGCGGAGCGUGGUGGAUGAUGGUGCGAGCGAAAGCGGUGCGUCCUCGUACUAUGAUACCGUUCAAAAUCAAGUGUCCCACGAGGAUCGCGAAGAUGCGUUCGACUACGAGCACUUCUUCCUCCACAGCGCAAUGGGAAGCAUGAGUCAAAGCCGGAUGAAAAGAGCAAGCCGGACCAGCUUUAGCUCCGAAGACUCGGUGGAGACUACUCGAGGCCCAACUCCGUCUGCCAACGCGAAAGCGGUCGGGAGGCCUUCUCGCAAGGGUAGUUUUGCCUCGGUCUCGUCCGUGGAUUCGUUCGCGACGGCUACGGAGGGCAGGAGCACGAGGGCGGAGAACGAGUUUGUGGAGUAUUACGAGGAACACGGCGUGAUAGUGCCCAAACGUGCCCGAACGCACACGCCGAACACGUCGAGACGGGCGGGCUUCUCGAACGAAGCGAGCGAUUCCGGCUCCGAUCAGAGCCGACCUGGAGCGCUGGGUAUCCGCCGGCCACAGAGCAGCGCCGCCACAUUCAUGCACCGACCCUCGGUAUCGUCACUCGACUCUAGCAGAACCCACAGAAGCUUUCUGUCGGCUAACCGGGGCCAGGCAAACGGCAGCACGCUCUCGCCAUUAGGCUCGGCCAAUCCAGGACUGGGAAAAAUCGCGGAGGCGCUCCUGGGUGAGAGCUUCCGCAUCGAGGAUGGGAACAGCAAGAUAUCUCCGAUUCAGAAGUUGCAGAAGGAUGACCAGAUACUUGUCGAGCGAUUGUUUGGGUCAAUCGGUCAGUCUAUUAUCGGUCUUGCCGAGUCUGGCCGCGGGAGCACGGAAUACCGGUCGUAUCGAAGAAGAUUAGAAGCGGCAAGACGAGUUUUGGACAGCUUGGAGGAUCAGAUCAGUCCGCGUAAUCUCUAAUCUGUUAAUAAGGAAUACGUAACCAAGGCGUUUUACGGACUAUAUACCAUUUGACGACUGCGCCGAAGGCGAUCCAGCCAGGCAGCGAUUCUCUUUUUUUCCCCGCCUUAUUUUACCGCCACAUACGUCCUUUCUUUUUCUUCUCUUUUUUAGAGCUACAUAUUCAACAUUUCUGUUAAAUGGAUUACUAGAUAACGAGCAUGAGGAAACCGUGAUUCACAUCUCUUUUGUUCCGGUUACGAGUGCACUGGUUUCUUUUUUUUUUCACUGUACCUCAUCCGGAGGACGAGAGGCCGAUAUACUGUUGCCAGCGACGGCUCCAUAUAUGUAAUUUU